AUGCCCGCUUCCCACCACAUCAAGCACACGCUACGGCUCCGUGGUCUGGUGGGGAAUGGGCUUCACAAUCGGCCGCCACAAUAUGCCGGUGGAAAGGUGAGCCCUGGUACGCACAACAGUUGCGUGCUGCCUCGAGCAGCCGGUGACAGCAUGUCGUUGACUGGUUCCCUGUCGCAUCGCCUGGGCUCCCUGGAAGCAGAACAACAGACGGCCAUCUGCAACGGCGGAGCGGACAAUGAUAAGCAUAUCCUAGAAGAGGAUUGCUUUCGCUUCGACCACCCCAACUGGGACCUGAAGAGCAACGACCGCGCAGCAGAUCUGGAAUUCGAGAUUGAGGUCGAUUCACUGGUUCAUGGCUUUGCGGGCUACUUCGACUGCGUGCUUUAUGGCGCCGAAAGAAUAUCAAUACACCCAAAGACGCUGUCUGUUGGAAUGUUCAGCUGGUUCCCGAUGUUCUUUCCGCUUCGUCACCCUGAAUAUCUUCGCCGCGGUUCUGUAAUCAGGAGCCACUGGUGGCGAAGACACGACGCUCACAAGGUGUGGUACGAAUGGGCGUUGUCGGAACCAUCACCAAGCCCCGUACAGAAUUUGAGCGGAAGGUCAUGGCCCAUCAGCCUUCUCUGA